UUAUUAUAAGAGGAGCUCCGGAUAGAGCCUCCUUCCAGUGCUGCGACCGAGGUCUGCGAACUUAGCCGUUUGCCGGAAAAUGGAGGGAACCUCCUCCGUCCUCAGCUGCUCCGCUUCAUCGACGGCGCUCUACUCGAGGACCCAUUUGCUCGAGUCGGGCCCUGGCCUCGCCUCGCCUCCUUCUCCGUCUGCGUUUCGCGUAAAGUCUCGGUCUUUGAACUCAUCCGUCAAAUGGGGCGUUCGAAAGGAACGGCCUUCGGCGGUGCUCUGUUCGCGGGCCUCGCUCCGGACGUCCGUUUUGGCGGUGGAGGAGGCGGUGGAGAGGUCGAGGGGCUCAGUCGCGCCGGCGAAAGAAAUGUUGCCGAAGAUCGAUAAGAGCGGCCGGUUCUGCAGCCCCAGAGCUGCCCGUGAGCUCGCUUUAUCAAUUGCCUAUGCCGCUUGUUUAGAAGGGUUUGACCCCGUUCGGCUUUUUGAGAAGCGAAUGAAUAUGAGAAGAGAGCCUGGUUAUGAAUUUGACAAGGCAUCAUUGCUGGAGUACAACCACAUGAGUUUUGGAGGGCCACCUGUCAUAACAGAUACAACAGAAGAAGCUGAUGAGCUUAUGCAGAUUGAUGAAAAGGAGAGCGCAAUUGAAGCUGAAGUCUUGUGCCCCCCAAAGAUGGUAUACAGCAAAUUGAUACUGCGUUUUACAAGGAAGCUUUUGGUUGCAGUAAUGGAUCAAUGGGAUAGUCAUGUGCUUGUCAUUGACAAAGUUGCGCCUGAAAAUUGGAAGAUGGCCCCUGCAGGCAGAAUCUUAGAACUUUGUAUUCUCCGUCUUGCGAUGUCUGAGAUAACAGUUCUUGGAACUCGUCAUCAGAUUGUCAUCAAUGAGGCUGUGGAUCUAGCAAAACGGUUCUGUGAUGGGGCCGCACCUCGCAUUAUAAAUGGAUGCCUUAGGAGCUUCAUCAAGGAUCUCGAAGCAACUCAUUCACCUCCAGCAUCAGAAGUCAAGGAACAAAUCGCUGUCAGUGCAUGAGGCUCCAGGCAUUAGCAAGGAAGGUUACUUCAAAGUGGCAGUGAAAUGAAACCAGCAGAUAUCGAUGAUAACUGGACAGCGGGUUAAAUUUCAUGUACGAACUCAGAACUUGUGGAGAGUAAAUCAUUAAUCAUGUUGGUUUUCUCGUUGGAGUCAUUUCCUUUGAGAAAGAAUGAUGGAUGCUGCCAAGAGAAAACUAAUAGUGAGCCGCCGAGAUUUCACCGGGUGCCAUGAUUCUGCCAUGUAAGUGGUUCCUUAGAAAUUCGGCUGUUGUGGCUUGUGAUACUUGUUCCGGAUGUUUCGGAAAUUGCGACAUCAUUUUUCUUGUUCGACUACCAUUCAUAUGUCUAUUUCUCCUUUGAACGCAAGCUGAGAGGCUGUAAGAAUAAUGCUUGUCUA